UCCGGGAAGAAUAUGAAAUAAUCUAUCCAUAAUUGGGGACUGCUGCUGACAUUCGUUACGGGAAAAUUUGCGUAAUUUUUUACUUACAAAUUUCUCUUUUUAAACUUUGAGUUGCAACGAUUCAUACAAAACGACAGAUGCUCUUCAUUUCAACAUUAUUUUUGUCAUCACUUUUCAAAUAAAGCCGAAGAAGACUGAAUUUCAGAAGCCCUUUGGACUAAUUAUAUAUUCAAACCGAGGUCACGCAUGAAAAAUCACGCCAACUCGCCCAGAUAAAUCACAAAGGAAAAUUAUUAUAUCGAGUGACCUGCGGGUAGACUGUCGUUUACCUGAGCCACAGCUUAAAAGUAGUUUCCUCUGUAUGAACACGAAUAAUAGCCCUAGAAUCAAUCACCCAAGGUCUGCGAUUGACCUCCACUGUUUGUCAAUGGAGUUGUGCAUCGUACAGCAUCACACAACAUAAAGUAUAACAAAAUUUAGACCAAGAAAUAUUUACCACCGUGCACCAGUUGGAACUCUGGUUGGAAUUAAGAAGUAUCUCAAGCUGAUGGGGCAAAACUGCCAAGAUGAAUGCCGAUGAUGUGCAACUUCACGAGUCCUACGAGUAUGAAGGGGUUUGCCUACCGAAUGAUGUACUUAGAUCAACCAUGGAUGAUCUGAAAACGUUUCAUGUCAGACAAGAUGACGUCUUCGUGGAUAGUUUCCCUAAAUCAGGUACUACGUGGACCCUAGAGAUUGCCUCUGCUGUUUUACAUGACGGCGACAUAGAUGCGUUGAACACAACCCAUAAUUUCGAGAGGGGUCCAUUCUUGGAGAUGACUGUUGGAGGACAUCAAAACAGAGAUCUCCCAAGAACACACAAGAUGUUAGCAGAAGCUCCAAUGAGUUCCCCUCGGUUGAUUAAGUCACAUCUUCCGGUUCAACUCCUGCCUCCUCAAGUGUGGAAGAAGAAGGUCAAGGUUAUCUAUGUCAUCAGGAAUCCAAAGGAUGUUGUUGUCUCAUACUUUCACCAUUAUAGAUUGUUUGCGCCUCGCGAUAAUCUACAAUUCGACGACCACUUCGAGAUGUUCAUGGAGGGUACAAAUCAUUACGGCAAAUGGUGGGAUCACGACAUAAAGUUCUAUCAGAGACGACACCUAGAUCACAUUUUAUUUCUACGGUUCGAAGAAAUGAAGAAUGAUCUUCGCGGGACGGUGAAACAAAUCAGCGAGUUUCUUGGGAAAUCCUUCUCCGAUGAAAUCCUAGACGCCAUCACCGAUCACUGCACCUUCGAGAACAUGAAGAAGAACCCCAUGGCAAAUCCAGAUACAAUGAUUAAGGAGUUUCUCGGCAAAGAUAUCCCCGACGGGCAAUCCUUCAUGAGAAAGGGUAUUGUUGGUGGCUGGAAGACAAGCCUAUCUAAAGCUCAAAGUAAAGCCCUGGGUGAUGUGUGCAGAGAGAAGCUUAAAGGAACUGGACUGUCGUUCGAUGACAUUUAAGUGACAGAGAAAUAUUUUUACGAGAAAUAUCUUUAAAACUAUUACAGAUCUUUUCGGGCUUUUAAAAUAUCAGGAAAAAUUGAUACGUAGCAUAAAAAAAAUGGUACAAAACGUCUAAAUUAGGAGCAAAAGACAACGAUGACAUUUCAUGUUAAUCAAUCGGUGAACAGAACUUCAGAUAUUGCAAUGAAAAUAUUAAAUAAAGAAACAACUUUAAAGGUACCUCAAUGUUAUUGUUUCUCAUGAUUUCUUAAGCAUCCCCGGGUAGCGAGUCCAUAAUGGGGCCGUAUUACAAAAUAAUCGAUACUGCGGGAAUCGGUACCGAAAGAAUCGAUACCGAACCAGCAUACUUUUAAGUAAAAAGCAUCACCCUGGUUCGGAAGAGUUUCCCAUUACAUCUAUAUAUUUUUCAUAAUUCAGCAUUGUAAAAUUCCUCAAGAAUAAAUAAUAAUAAUAUUAAUAAUUUA